CUCACUGUACAAGACCUCUCCCCUUCACUUCACGCUGACUGCAGGGUGGGAGAUGCAACAAUGGCCUUGAGAACAGCAGGAAGUGUGUUGGUGGUCUUUCUCUGGUCUGUAGCAGUGGUACUGGGUCAGAAUGGCUGGAGUGUGACUUACACCAAGAAGAGUAUCUGUACCUUGAAGGGGUCAACAGUGAAGCUGACCUGCUCUUACAUAUAUCCCAGUGGUAGAGUCACAACAAACCUCUGGUUCUAUAAAAAGGAUGCUAAGGGGAAUCCUGUGAGUCUGCUUGAUAACCCAGACUAUAAAGAUCGUGUGACGUACCGUAGUGAGAGGAAGAAUGGCCACACCCUGUCAAUCAGAGCCCUGAGAGAGAGUGACUCAGCUAAUUACAAGUUCAGAUUUAUAACAGAUGGUAACAAAGGAAAAUAUACUGGUGAUCCUGGAGUCACUCUGUCUGUAACAGGUCUGCAGGUGAAGGUGACUCCUGCUGCAGAGGGACAGAAGACACUGACCUGUAGCACCACCUGUACUCUGACUGACAACCCCACCUACAUCUGGUACAAGAACGGACACAAAGUAAAGGAGGACACUUCCAGCCUGGACUCAGACUCCUUUAGUGAUGCAGACAGCUACUCCUGUGCUGUAAAAGGCCAUGAGGACCUUCACUCUCCUGCAGUGUAUGGACCAAGGAACACCUCAGUAUCAGUCAGUCCCUCUGGUGAAAUAGUGGAGGGCAGUUCAGUGACUCUGACCUGCAGCAGUGAUGCCAACCCUCCUGUCCAGAGUUACACCUGGAUGUACAGGAAGAAUGGAGAUGGCUCAAAGAACACCUCAGUGUCAGUCAGUCCCUCUGGUGGAAUAGUGGAGGGCAGUUCAGUGACUCUGACCUGCAGCAGUGAUGCCAACCCACCUGUGGACAAAUACACCUGGUACAAGAAAAACGUAACCUCACCAAAAGCAUCAGGACAGAGUUACAGCAUCACUAACAUCAUCUCUGAGGACAGAGGAGAAUAUUACUGUGAGGCUGAGAAUACAAUAGCAUCUAAUAACUCUACUACAACUCUGAUGAUUAUUGUAGCAGGGAAACAAACCUCAGUUGUGACUGCAGCUGUAGGAAUCAUCGUGGUUGUUCUGGUUCUCAUCCUCUGUUUCUCUGGACUCAUGUGGUUCAGGAAGAAGGCCUCCAAAUCCACCUCUGACACAAGAGACAAAGCAGACGAUGGACAGGGAGACUCUAUUCCAGUGUAUGACAACGUCUCAAUCAUGGCCAUGAGCCCUACAGACAAACCCACAGACAAACCCACAGACAAACAGGAUGACAUUCACUAUGCCAGCAUCCACUUCUCUCGCUCCAAAAACCAGGAAGUGCCUCUGUACUCCACCGUCCAACUGCCUCAAACCCAGAAACAGGAAGAAGAUGUCCAGUACUCUGCUGUGAAAUUCAACCGCCCACUGCUGCCACCCAACCCGCAGCAACACAAGCAUCUGAGGAGAACCCAUCUGUUCUCUACAGCACAGUCAACAAACCCAGAACCAAGAAAUACUGAACAGAACUAACCCGGAACCAAGAAGACCUGAACACAACAAGUUUAACAAAAACCUUGUAUAUCUGGACCCGUAUAUUAUAACUAAGUGGUAUAAUUAAGCAAUAAUGUCAGAGGGGGUGUGGUAUAUUGGCCAAUAUACUGUACCACGGCUAAGGACUGUUCUUAAGCACGACACAACGCAGAGUUCCUGGAUACAGCCCUUAGCUGUGGUAUAUUGGCCUAUAUACUGUACCACGGCUAAGGACUGUUCUUAAGCACGACACAACGCAGAGUUCCUGUAUACAGCCCUUAGCUGUGGUAUAUUGGCCAAUAUACUGUACCACGGCUAAGGACUGUUCUUAUGCACGACACAACGCAGAGUUCCUGUAUACAGCCCUUAGCUGUGGUAUAUUGGCCAAUAUACUGUACCACGGCUAAGGACUGUUCUUAUGCACGACACAACGCAGAGUUCCUGGAUACAGCACUUAGCUGUGGUAUAUUGGCCUAUAUACUGUACCACGGCUAAGGACUGUUCUUAAGCACGACACAAUGCAGAGUUCCUGUAUACAGCCCUUAGCUGUGGUAUAUUGGCCUAUAUACUGUACCACGGCUAAGGACUGUUUUUAAGCACGACACAACGCAGAGUUCCUGGAUACAGCCCUUAGCUGUGGUAUAUUGGCCUAUAUACUGUACCACGGCUAAGGACUGUUCUUAAGCACGACACAACGCAGAGUUCCUGGAUACAGCCCUUAGCUGUGGUAUAUUGGCCUAUAUACUGUACCACGGCUAAGGACUGUUCUUAAGCACGACACAACGCAGAGUUCCUGGAUAGAGCCGUUAGCUCUGGUAUAUUGGCCUAUAUACUGUACCACGGCUAAGGACUGUUCUUAAGCACGACACAACGCAGAGUUCCUGGAUACAGCCCUUAGCUGUGGUAUAUUGGCCUAUAUACUGUACCACGGCUAAGGACUGUUCUUAAGCACGACACAACGCAGAGUUCCUGUAUACAGCCCUUAGCUGUGGUAUAUUGGCCUAUAUACUGUACCACGGCUAAGGACUGUUUUUAAGCACGACACAACGCAGAGUUCCUGGAUACAGCCCUUAGCUGUGGUAUAUUGGCCUAUAUACUGUACCACGGCUAAGGACUGUUCUUAAGCAUGACACAACCUAGAGUUCCUGGAUACAGCCCUUAGCUGUGGUAUAUUGGCCUAUAUACUGUACCACGGCUAAGGACUGUUCUUAAGCACGACACAACGCAGAGUUCCUGGAUACAGCCGUUAGCAGUGGUAUAUUGGCCAUAAACCACAAACCCCUGAGGUGCCUUAUUGCUAUUAUAAACUGGCUACCAACAUCAAUAGAAAAGUAAAAAAGUAAUUUUGCGUCAUACCCAUGCUGUAUUGUCUGAUAUACCAACACAAUCUCACACUCAAUUUGUGCAAAUAUGAACAAAAACUAUUUCAGCAGAUUUCAUGUUUUUUUGCCUUUUGGGUGGAUUAAUUCAUGGGAAAAGACACUCCUUUUUUAGCGAUUAAAUUUUUAGCAAAAUACACACAUUUUGUGCGACUUCAUUCAUAGGAAAAUACAUUUUUGGGGGCAAACUUUUCUAAAGAAGGUAACUCCUCUCCCCAACGAUCCAUUUUUCCUUUUCUGUUUGUUUUGUCUUUGGUUCUUUUUCACACCUGGUUUCAUUUGCGUUAAUUUCUGUGUGUAUAAGGGUAACCUGUUGCCUGCCUAAGUUUGUGCGGGAUUAGUCUUUUUAUGUGAUGUGCUCAGUGUUAUUUGUUUUCACGGUUACGUAAUUGUAUAUAGUGUCGGAACUGUGUUUGUUCCUCCGUGCGUUUGCACGGGUUCUCCGUUACGAGGGCGUUGUCCUCUUCGAUUGUGCCAUUCCAGUGUUGGUGGACUGUCUUCUUAAAGCACGCUUCUCAGGCAUCCCUGCUCUCCUGCGCCUGACUCCUACACCUUUCACCUAGACGCACCUUAUCACAGCAAUGCAUGAUGAGCAAUGGUGUUCUACACUGCCUUUUUUUGUCUGAUAUACAGUACACACUUCUGAAAUGUUGUUUCAGCCAAUCGGCAUCCAGGAACCAAACUACCCAGGAUCAUAUCGGUAGUCCCAGCAGUUGGUAGAGCCAUGCUAGGGUAGAGUCGUAAAUUAGAGUAGGAGUGCUGAUCUAGGGUCGGUUUUGCCUUUUAAACUAUGAUGAACAAGAAAAGGAGCUUAAAAAAAUAUUAUUUUUUUUCAAGUUAAUUUAAAAAAUAUAUAUUUACAGCAAACACAAUCUGAUUAAAGGAAUCUUUGACAAAUAAACUUGAAAUAUUAAACUUAA